AUGUGGAAGCGGUCCCGUCGCCACCCUCUCAGCGGCCCCGUCGCCGCCCACCCUUUUAGCAGCCCCGUCGCCGCCCUUCAGCGGCCCCGUCACCGCACUUCCGUGGCCCAGUCGCCGCACUAUCAGCGGCCCGUCGCCGCCCUUUCAGCGGCCCGUCGCCGCCCUUUCAGCGGCCCCGCUGCCGCCCUUCCACGGACCCAUUGCCGCUCAGCCGCCCAGCGCCCGAGCCGCGGAGCAGCCCACCCACCGAGCAGCCGAGCCGCCGAGCACCCGAGCCGCCGAGCAGCCAAGCCGCCCGACUGCCGAGCCGCCCUGCACCCGAGCCGUCAGACCGCCGAGCCGCCCAGCAGCCGAGCCGCCGAGCCGUCGAGCCACACCGCAGCCGAGGCGCUGCCGCUUGUCGGCCUGCCCGCGACCGCCCCAAUUGCCUGGCAAGAGCAGCGCCUCUACCACUGCACUGCCCUGCCCCACUAUACUCGCUGCCUAUCUACUGCUGUCAUGGCCUCCCCUAGUGCUCUCACCUUUGACGCUGAGGGUCAGGCAGUUGACUUUGAGGUCUGUGUAGAUGAUCUGCAGCUUUUCUUACACUGCGAUAGGGCAGACGGUCUCUCCCUGUUUGACCUCACUUCUGGUGCCUCUCCUGCCCCUGCUGCUGAUGCUGACGCCAUUGUUCGCUCACAGGGUGUUCUCCCUCCCCCCUCUUGCCCUCUCUUGCCUCUGUUGCUGGGGCCAACCUUGUUGGCUUCGAAUCGGUCGGCGCUGCGUCUGCCCCGAGCGCAAGACGCUGCACCGGCAAGGGAAAGAGGGGCAAGGGCGCUGGAGGGGCUGGCGAGGGCGGUGGAGGUGGUUGUGGAGGCAGUGGAAGGAGUGGGGGUGGUGGUGAGAGUGGUGCCGGGGGUGGCGGCGGCGGCGGCAGCAGUGGAGGCGGCGGAGGUGGCGGUGGUGGCGGAGGGAGCGAAGGCGGUGGAGGUGGCGGAGGAGGCGGAGGUGGAGGAGGCAUCGGAGGCGGCGGUGGUGGAGCGGGUCGCGACUCUGCGCAGAGGAGUGGCUCAGGUGCUGGUCCGCGCCAGCAGCAGCGGAGUGGUGUGA